UAUCAUCUAUCUACUCCUUGCUUCGUUGCAACCAACUAACUACGACAUGUAACUACUUGCUUGCUUCAUUCUGUUGCUAUGCCUUAUGGGCUUUCUCUGCACGAUGAAAUCUAGGUGAGGAAAUCUGUUCUAAAGUAUGAGGAGGUCAGAUCCUCUGGUUCGUGUGUUACCUUCCUUCAUGAAUGACACAAUGCGUGGCAGCACAAGAAUUUUUUCUUUGUUGGCCUUGAUUUUAUUUGUAUGUCUGCUGAUGUGGUACUCGGCACGAUCCUCACGAGGAACCGUUAACAAUCAUCCAACAGUGAAAGUUAGCAAAUUACUUCACUCGGGCAUUGCUUUGCUGAAUGCGGCCGGCGAGGCUGUCGUGGAGCAUCGGCAUGCAAAGGACCAAGACAAGCAGGUGAAAGGUAUGACUAAAGAGGGAAAGAAAGAGUUUGUGACGCUGGCUGAUCUGAAGUCUCAUGUUAUCAUCAAGGACAGCAUGAUGGAGCAUUUCCCGGGAUUGGAGAUCAUCUCGGAGGAGCACGACCCUGCAGACCAUGACUUCAAGCCGACGUACUUCCAGCGACAGAUCACCAAGGACCUGCUGGACGCCACGGUGGCAAACGGCGAUACGGCGUAUCCCCUGUCGGACGUGGUGGUGUGGAUCGACCCGCUGGAUGCAACGCAGGAGUACACGGAGAUGCUGGACCAGUACGUGACCAUAAUGAUGUGCAUUGUUGUGCGCGGCGAGCCGUUGGCCAGCGUUCUGCACUUCCCGUUCUCGAAAACCACCUACUGGCAGUGGGCCGACCACCGCGGCUCCAACAGUCUCAACUCGGUUCUCUCCAAGCGCAGUAAGCUAACCGGUGACGUACGCCGCGUGGUCGUGUCCAGGUCUCAUGCCGGUGAAGUCAACGCCACGCUGCUCUCCAUUGACCAGCACUUGCAGGUUACGCCAGCAGGUGGUGCCGGCUACAAGGCCUUCCAGCUCAUCCAGAACAGCGCCGACGCGUACGUGCACACCACGGCCAUUAAGAAGUGGGACAUCUGCGUCGGCGAUGCCAUGCUGAGGCACACUGGUGGUGAGCUCAGAUCGCUGAAGACCGGAGAGAGAUUGCGCUAUGGCGACCGGAACGAUUACAAGGUCGAUGGUGGCUUCAUUGCUGUUGGUAAACAAGGAUCUGGUGAUGAACUGCUGACUUCACUGCAAAAAAAGUUGCAGAAACGAACCAGUUGAUUGACUAGCCGCAGUAUAAGUAACUUGUGAUCAUGCUUUUUAUAGUUUUAUCAUUACAUGUGUUACUACUAGUUUCAUCUCUUCUCUGCGGGCAGAGUUCGUUUGUGCAAACUAGUGUUAGUAGUGCUGUUAGUUGUUCCGAUAAUGAUGCGUUCCCUACUUGCUCAACAUGGCAUCAUGCCAGCAAGACUUGCCACUUGCUCUGCGUCAUGGCAUUAUGCCCGCAAGGCUAGCUCCACUGUGCGUUGUCACACGUGUUUCACCGCUGAACUGCCUCGGAUGUGGCGCUGUUCAAUGAAUGGUGCCAUGGCUGAGCGCAAAUCAUCGCCAUUGUAUGUCACUGCUGGGUACUGCUAUCAAGCCCACCUGUCCAUUCAUCCAUCUCGCAAACACUUGGCAUAUACAUGCAUUUACAAUAUUGUUGCCUGAUGAUUGCGAGAGCAUGAAGCUUCAAGUCGCAGCAAACAAGCCUUGAUUGUCCUUGUUGUUCUGUUCUGCAUUUACAAUAAUUAUAUUAUACUGCACUAUCCUUUGAUACCUUCUCCGUUUUAGGCAGCGUAUUAUUAUCCAUUAUUCUGCUUCUGUUUCCUUGAACAUCACAUGAUUUUAUAGAUGACACAGUCGCUAGUCGCUCACUUCAAAAUGA